AUGAUUAAGUCAUCAAACAGCAUAGUAACAGAUUUCUCUUUAAAUACCCUUUUCAAGGUAGUUUUACAGCCUUCUGUGCUUGAUCCACAUCCUGGAUUAAUAAUUGCAACACACAACUUCAAUACUUACAUAAGUAUAGAUGAGAUAGAGCUCCUCAGUCUUGCAACAAUGGAUCUCUUAAACAUCUUUGCUUACCCAUCUGUAUCUGGUUAUGCUAAGUUUACAAUUUCAUUGAAACUUCUCCUACCUUUCGGUGAAGAGGUCUCAUUUACAGCUGGUUGUGCAAUUCCCUUGACAUACCAUGAUGGUACUCUUAUUCCUAAGAAUCAAAUCUAUUCUUAUCUUAAGAAUCUUUAUCACAGGAAUGCAGAACAAUACAAUGGAUCCCGUAUUGUUAGCCUCAUUAUUCGCAUAUAUAUGGAGCUGGAUAAAAAGCUUGAACGCACAGAACUAUCAGUUGAUGAUAGAAAAAGGUUACUUCAUUCAUUGAAAGAAGUGUGUGAUACAGAACCAAUUUCAUCUAGUAGAAAGAUCAAAUAUAAAUAUAAGAAAGAAAAACAUAAGCAUCCUGGUUAUAUAACCUCUCUCAAAAGAGAGAGCAAGGAGAUGAAACCAUUCAUGGUAUCUGAUCUUGAAACUCUUAUGAUAGAAAACGAGCAUAGGCCAUAUGCUGCUGGUCUCAUGUUGGUUCAUCCUGGUCAAGACAUCAAGUCUAGUCUAAUUUACACAUACUUCAGUGAAGACUACUCUUUAUUUAUAAAUUCCUUUGAAGAAAGGAGUAAAAAAGUUCUUUUUGACUUGGUAUUAAAGAUUCAAGCUAUUGUUAAAAAAGAAAAAGAAGCUAAAACAGUAUAUUUUCACAAUUUAUCUAGAUUUGAUGGAAUUAUCUUGCUUAAGCACCUUGCAUGUUAUCAUAACUUCAUGCUUAAACCACUUUUGAGAAACAAUAGGCUUUACGAGAUAGCAGUAUAUUCCAACAAGUCAGAAAGAGCUCGAACAGAUGUGAGAGGAAGCUCAAAUGUGAGAGGGAGCUCAAAGCAGGGAAAUGUUAGAGGACAGUUCUUAUUUCGCAUCAGAGACUCCUUGAAUCUACUUCCUGGUAAACUAUCAUCCCUAGCAAUGAGUCUUUGUCCUUCUCUUGGCACAAAAGGAUCAAUCGAUUAUGAUAAUGUGACUCUAUCAAAUCUUGAAAGUGAGAAAGUUAACUUGAUAGAAUAUAUGAAGCAGGACAUUCUUCUCCUUGGUGGUAUAAUGCAGAAGGCACAAGACAUUUAUUAUCAACUCUUUCAAAUGGAUAUAGUUUCAAGAAUAACCCUUUCCUCAUUAGCUCUAAGCAUCUUUCGUUUGAAAUAUUAUGAUGAUAUGAAUUGGCCAAUCAACAUCCCAAACAUGAAUCAAGACAGCUUCAUAAGGAAAGCUUAUUAUGGUGGUCAUACUGAUUCAUACAUACCUCUUGGUGAGAAUCUAUACUACUAUGAUGUGAACUCUCUCUAUCCUUAUGUAAUGAAGGAAUUUCAAAUGCCUGGUGGUGUGCCAGUCUGGCAUGGAAAUCUGGAGAACAAGGACUUAGAUAGCAUCUUUGGCUUUAUAGAAGCAUAUGUUGAAUGUCCAAUAACAAUCAAAAGGCCCUUUCUUCCAUAUCGAACCAAGGAUAAUACUCUUAUCUUUCCAACAGGGGAAUUUAUAGGGGUAUACUAUAGUGAGGAAUUGAAGCUAGCAAGAGAUAUUGGAUACACUGUGAUCCCUCUCUCUGGUUACCUUUAUGAGAAGAUGGAUAGCCCAUUCAAUAACUUUGUUAGCUCACUAUAUUCAAGCAGAAUAGAAGCAAAGAAAGCUGGAAAUGAGGCAUUAUCAUAUGUUUAUAAGAUCCUUAUGAAUUCACUCUAUGGAAGAUUUGGAAUAAAUCCUAAAAGCACAACAGCUGAGCUCUGCGAUCAUGAUCGAUACAUAACAUUGUUUAAAAUGGAUUCAUUUAUCCAUGGUGAUAAGCUUAGUAAUAACAAAUACAUUGUAUCAUACCAUGUCAAUACAGGGAAUACACCAGAAUCAUGGAACCCACCGAAGGAUAUCAUUCUGGAAUUCCCUACUUGUCCUCCUAUCUUUGUAUUCCCUCUUUCCGGGUGGAUAUCCUUUUAUUAG